AUGAAAGGGGUGAUGGCCGCGGGGCUCUGGCUCUUGCUGCAGCUGCUGCUUUGGGCUGGAUCCUCUCGGGGCCGCGCGGGGCCGCGCAUCUACCUGAGCAGCUGGGCGGUGCGCGUGCCCGCGGGAGCGCAGGAGGCGCAGCGCCUGGCACACAAGCACGGGCUGCUCUACCUGGGCCAGGUGAUUGACGGGGAGCCUUAUUACCACCUGAAACACAGAGGCGUGGCAGAGAGGUCCCUGAGUCGGCACUGGGGUUGGCAUGUUCGUCUGAAGAAAGAACCGCAGAUCCCCUGGUUUGAGCAGCAGACGUUGAAGCGGCGAAGGAGGAAGGCGAUUUCCGUGGUGCCUACCGACCCUUGGUUUCACAAGCAGUGGUACAUGAACAACGACGUGAUUCCGGACCUCAACGUCCUCACCGUGUGGAACCAGGGUUAUACGGGCUCAGGGGUGGUCGUGAGCAUUCUGGACGACGGGAUCGAGAGAGACCACCCCGACCUCGUGGCAAACUACGAUCCCAUGGCGAGUUACGACUUCAACGACAACGACCCAGAUCCGCAGCCGCGGUACAAUGCUUGGGAUGAGAAUAGGCACGGCACGCGUUGCGCUGGGGAGGUGGCUGCUGCAGCGAACAACGACGUUUGUGUGGCCGGCGUCGCUUACCGGGCGAAAAUCGGAGGGGUAAGGAUGCUCGACGGCACCGUCACUGACGUUGUGGAGGCGCAGUCCCUGAGCCUCCGCCCUCAACACGUCGACAUCUACAGCGCCAGCUGGGGCCCGGAGGAUGAUGGGAAGACAGUGGACGGCCCCGGGGUCCUGGCCAUGGAAGCCUUCCGCAAGGGGGUGGCCCACGGCCGCGGAGGGCUGGGCUCCCUCUUCGUUUGGGCCUCGGGGAACGGCGGCCUUCGUCACGAUAGUUGCAACUGCGACGGCUACACCAACAGCAUCUACACCUUAUCCGUGGGCAGCGCCACGCAGAGCGGCCGGGUGCCCUGGUACAACGAGGCCUGCGCCUCCACCCUCACCACCACCUACAGCAGCGGGGUGAAGGGCGAGAAGCAGAUCGUAACCACAGACUUGCGGCACAGCUGUACCAGUGGGCAUACGGGCACCUCUGCCUCGGCCCCCUUGACAGCUGGCAUGAUUGCUCUCGCCUUGGAGGCCAACCCCACCCUGACCUGGCGCGACAUGCAGCACCUCGUGGUGAGGGCCUCUAGCCCCGCCCACCUGCAGGCAGAUGACUGGGCCGUCAACGGCGUGGGGCGCAAAGUGAGUCACUACUAUGGCUACGGGCUCUUGGACGCAGGUGAGCUAGUGGGUCUGGCCAAGAAGUGGAACACAACGCGGCCUCAGAGGAAGUGUUACGUCCAGGUUGUCCACAAGCCAGUGGCCGUCGGCUUGAGGCUUUCCAUCUCCGAAAACGUCACCUCCGCCUGCCUCGGGAAGACCCGGAGCAUCCGGGCGCUGGAGCACGUCCAGGUCCAGCUCUCCCUCCGCUACAGCCGGAGAGGAGAUCUCGCCAUCUCGCUGACCAGUCCGAUGGGGACCAAGUCGACCCUAGUGGCCGUCAGGCCUUAUGACACCAGCAAUGAAGGCUACAGGGACUGGUCUUUCAUGUCCACGCAUUACUGGGAUGAGGAUCCCCAGGGCUCCUGGACCCUUCUUUUGGAGAACAAAGGAGACGCAUAUAACACUGGGUUCCUCGACAGCUUUGUGUUAAAACUGUACGGCACGGAGGAGAACAUGACGGCGCGACAGGUCGCAACCUCGGUGGUGAGCGAGUGCCUGAGGCGAGACGCCGACGGGACGUGUCAAGAAUGUACCAGCCCGUUCUACGCCUUCCAGCGCCUCUGCCUCCCCUACUGCCCGCCCAGGUAUUACGCCUCCUCCCGGCCCGCCCUCAGUGGCGAUGGGACCGUCUGGGCCUGUGCCGCUUGUGACCCGUCUUGCUACACCUGUCAGGGUGGCACGGCACGCAACUGCACCGCCUGCCCGCCGUUCAGCACCUACGAUGCGGGCGCCCAUGUCUGCGCGCAGCACCCGUCCUACGCCUACCUGCCCCGGGCUUUCUCCCUGGGCCAUCGGGAGCUUGUCACCCUGGUCCUGGUCGCCGUGCUCUGCGUGGGGCCCGUUCUCUGCUGCCUACUUUACGUGAUCUGCCGCUGGGCGCCCCUCGGGGUCAAGUGGCAGAAGCAGGCGGGCACACAGGGAGACGCCGAGGCUGUCGGCCUGGAGCUGUUGUGCCUCCAUCAGCCGGGGGCCGGAGAAGGCCUGAAGGACCGCUCGCAGAAGCCUCCGCCGUGAUGCCCGGGCGACGACGCUGCAUCCUAAAAUACUUA